AUUGCAUUGCGCAAAACUGCACUUGGCAGGUUGUCAGCCAAGGUGUAUGGAUCCAGCUGGAGCUACCUGAGGAUGCCAGGAUAUGCGUAGCUUAUGCCGACGCAUAGCGCGUAAGCGAUCAUGCUGGACAGAUGAAAGGCCAGCUGGUCUGCUGGCUUAACUGUGCAGGAAGCUUCUAUUCCAAGCCCUCCUCAACAUACUCGUAUACCUUCAAUAUGCGUCCCUACACAUGUUUCUUGCUGCGGCAAAAAUAAUGCUACCUCAGUUCGAAUCCUUUUGGACCUUGCGUUCACAGCGUCCUUCAUGACCCAUUGUUUACAACUGACAUCUUUUUGUAGGUGCUGCAAGUCUGCCCUUAGGAGCCGGCCUCUAACACUGUGCGCAUUCUUUGGCAUAAUAUGCAUAUACGCGUGCAAGCCAGAGGAGUGCUGACGGGUUCUCUACGAUCAGAUGGAAACAUGGAUCCAACUUUCAAAAGGAGUUGUCCGUCUGUCCAGAAAAGUAACGGACGCUAACGGAACUUCAGCAGAGUAUAAAAGCACAUCCUUAUCAAACUAUUCAUAUCCCAGGUUACAGUAUCCGAGAAGUGGGCAGCCACUAGAAACGUGCCGAAGCCCUUGCCACGGACCAUCGGUUGCGGCGUUGUGCCCGCAGCCUCAAGAACUCAAGAACACAUACUGUAACAAAAGGCCGUGCCAUACAUCACGCUUCGAAAACUACUUCGCCAUGGCGAAAGCAAUUGCUAAAGCCUCGUCCCUGGCGGGGUUAGGACUGAUUUUGGUUGCCAUCUGCUUGCUCCUCCCUUCCUCUGCGAACGCUUCGUUUGUGAAGCGCUGCGGUCACCAGUUAUGCAUCGACGGCAAACCCUUUUACUUCAUGGGAGCGAACGCUUAUUGGUUGAUAGACUUUGUCCAAAGGGACAAGGGGACCGUAGACAAAUUCUUUGACUAUUGCAACCAAUUUGGACUCAAGGUCGUCCGUCUUUGGGCCUUCAACCACCGCAUGCCUUACGAAUGGGGCAAGUACGACGAGACCCAGUUCAAGGGGCUCGACUACAUCAUCGACUCAGCUGGCAGGCACAACGUCAAGCUUAUCCUGGCGUUGGGAAACACCUGGGCUGCCUACCGCUCGCCGCAAGACUUCAUGAGCAUGGCUGGCAUCAACCCAGCUGGCAAGGACCUGCUGGACUUCUACCGCUCUGCUGACGUGCGCCAUUUCUACCGUGACCACAUUUCCGCUAUCGUGUGGCGCACCAACACCUUCAAUGGCCGCCGCUACCGUGACGACGACGCCAUCAUGAUGUUCGACGCCAUGAACGAGCCCAGGUGCCCCGGCUGUGUGGACUCCGCCUCGCAGGGCGUUGUGCAUUCUUUCUUGCAGGAGAUGUCCGCGCACCUGCGCGCCAACGCACCUAACCAGCUGGUCGCUCUGGGCACUGAGGGCUACUUCCUCAACUCGUACGAAAGCUCCAAUCCCGGUGCUGGUGCCCGCUGCGAGGGCGAGGACUGGGCGGCGUUGGGCAAGAUGGACACCAUCGACGUCACCGUGGUUCACGCUUACGAGCGCCAGCUCGAGUCAGUUCCUCCCAAGUGGACCAAGUGCGACUUCAACUGCUUCUGCAACUACCUGGUCCAGUACCUCGGCACCCAUCAACGCUUGUCCUCCGACUUCGGCAAGCCACUUAUUCUGGAGGAGUUUGGCCUAAUUCUGCCUGAGUACACCAUUGAGCAGCGGGUGCUCCUCUUCCGUCUGGUAGCGGACAACAUGCAGUGGAUGAAGCAGACCGGCGGCCCCAUGGUUGGCGCUAUGUUCUGGAACGCCGCAAUUGGCAACGUGUGGGACGAUGGGUAUAACGUGUAUCUAGACGGCCCCGUCACCAAGCCCAAACCGACACCAACGCCCACCUCUGCGCCGGUCACCACCCAAAAGCCCAACAGCGGCAGCGGCAGCACCCCCACGCCAACCUCGGCACCUGCCACCACGUCCGAGCCGGCGCGCGCCCCCAUUGUCGCCAACACCGAAACGCUGACGGACUUCCUGCGCGGCCCGCAGCGUGCCGCAUGUGCCGAGGCCGCUGCCCGUUGGUGGCUGCCCUCGUGGACAGCGGCCUGGGCGCAGACGGUUGACAUGACCGCCAUGACCACACGCUGCAAGGACAUGACGGUGCUGCGAGUGCUGCUGGAUACCAAGCAGUAUAUCUAUUCAUAACGUUUUUCCGAUUGCAUCCUUGGGGAAACGGUAUCUCCCCGAGGGAACGAUGCGUGAACAGCUAAGGUUUGAUGCAUGACGUGAUUCUAUGCCGUUGGGACUACAUAAGGGGCGACCCGGGUUUGCCCACAAAGCCUACAUUUGUGGCCAGGCACCCCCAUCUUUUUGUGUUCCGCUCUACAACGACAAUAAUAUAUGUGACAGCGCACGGCAUGCGACGCUUUGCACGGCACUUGUUGCCGCAUCAUAACCUUACAUAAUGUGAUUCUUUGCGCUGCUUUGCGCAUACUUCGUGUCGGAGUACAGCAUAUGUCACUGCGAUAAAUGCAUACCGGUAAUAAGUGCCAAACCUGUUAAUAUGUGGCUUCGGAUAUUCAACGUAGCGUGCAUGUACUCCGUACGUGUCCAUUUCCUGCAACUCGACAGUAAAGGCCUUGGGCCCUGGCCAAUACGCUUACGUGGACCUACACAGACAAUGCAUGCGUGUAACAUCUUUUCAAUCGA